AUGCCUCCAAAGUUUGAUCCUAAUGAAGUUAAAUACUUAUACCUAAGAGCCGUUGGUGGUGAAGUCGGUGCUUCUGCUGCUUUAGCUCCAAAGAUUGGUCCUUUGGGUCUAUCGCCAAAGAAGGUCGGUGAAGAUAUUGCCAAGGCUACCAAGGAAUUCAAAGGUAUCAAGGUUACCGUCCAAUUAAAGAUUCAAAACAGACAAGCUGCUGCCUCUGUUGUCCCAUCUGCUUCCUCUUUGGUUAUCACUGCUUUGAAGGAACCUCCAAGAGACAGAAAGAAGGAUAAGAACAUCAAGCACAGUGGUAACAUCCAAUUGGAUGAGAUCAUUGAAAUUGCCAGACAAAUGAAAGACAAAUCCUUCGGUAGAACUUUGGCUUCCGUCGCCAAAGAGAUCUUAGGUACUGCUCAAUCCGUCGGCUGUCGCGUCGAUUUCAAGAAUCCUCAUGAUAUCAUUGAAGGCAUCAAUGCCGGUGAAAUCGAAAUUCCAGAAAAUUAG